AUGGACAACCCUGAUCAAAUCACAGCUUUUCCGUCAACACUAUCGGACGCUAGAGGCGCCGGCGGCAAACUUAGAAAACCCCCGCCGAGAAAGCCACCAGCGAGUCCUUACACCCGUCCCUCAUUAACCGCAAACCGCCGAUGGAUUUCAAAGCUAGUCGAUCCUGCUUAUCGCAUCAUCGCCGGUGGAGCCACUCGGUUUCUUCCUUCGUUAUUCUCUUCCAACGAAGAUCAAGGUGAACCUGGAGCUGAUGAACAGCACAGUGAAGAUAAUCUGCUCAUAACUAAUUCAAAUCUCCUGCCAUCUGAAUUGUCUAAAAUGGCAAGUAUUGGUGAUGAUAGCAGUUUUGACACUGCUCUGCCCAGGCACAUUGAAAAAGGAGAACAACACGAGAAUGAUAGGUUUUCAGAUAUCGAGCAACUGUUGAGAGGGAAAAAAUUCACCAGAGAUGAAUUCGAUCAUUUAGUGGAGGUUUUGAAUUCAAGAGCAAUUGACGUUGCUAGUGUUGAACAAGGAAACACAAAUUUGACUCCUAGGCAAGAUGACGGGGGGCUUGUAGUGGCACACAAGCUUCCAAAGGUUUUCAAUGAACGAAGGCAUGAAGAAUCAAAUGGAGCCAUACGAGGAAGUUCAACACCUUUCAUGUCAAAAGUCCGAGGUGAAAUUGGUGCUUCACCAAUUGAUAUUGCUAGAGCAUAUAUGGAUUCCCGGGCAUCUGAAGUAGGCCCCAGUUCUAAGAACAAGAUUCAAACUGUUGAAAGCACAAUGCUCCUUAAUGAUGAAGCUGCAAUAAAAUCAUAUGAUCCAUCACCAUCAAAAAGGUCACCAACAUGCUGGCCAGGUGCUGUCGUGCAGGAUGCUUAUGCAACACCACAAAGUCAAGGAAGCAAAUAUGGGCUUAUUAAUUAUGCACGGACUCCUUAUUCCAGAACUCUAUUGAUGAAGUCUAAGUCCAAGUUGAUUCAUAGCCAAGGCAAUGAAAGCCGCUUUUCAUCAACUCCCCUUCGUCAAUCACAGACAAGUCUGUAUCUGAAGGACAAAUCUGAAGUUGGUGCAUCAGCAAGUGGAUAUGGAUCCGUUGGACCUAUUCGUCGAACUAGGCAUAAGGUUGGUGUGCAAUCGACUUCACGAAGACCAGCAUAUUCAUCUAUGAAUUAUUCACAGAGAGAAAAUGCCAGUUUGAUUGAACGUUCAAGUCCUAUUGUUGCCACAAGAAUGGAUCCUGGUGGGAUGAGCAGCACUCGGAAGCCACUGGGCUUUGAACGCAGUGUUCCAACAGUACACACACAUACUAGUUUGAUGGCUAAGAAGAUAUUAGAGCAUAUUGAUAGAAACAUUCCCACUCCUAAGCAGAAAUCUGAUGAGCUGAAGCUAGCAACUAAAUGGAAGAAUCCUGAAUUUUCUGUUAAUACAAGUACUAUCUUUUCCAAGGAAGAUAAUGGCUUGGUUAAGCCAAAACACACUAGCCCUUGUAAAUAUGGCGAGCUUCGUGGAACGAAUUCUACUCUAAGAAAUGAAAAUGAAGGGAACUGCCAUGUUGAUAUUCAACCUAGGGAGAGUACUGAUAAGUCUGUUGACAUCACAAAAGAAAGGGCUUUGGCAUCUGACCUGAAUGUUCACAGCAGCACCCCCAUACUCGCCAAAGAUGCAAGGACUGCACAAAACUUUGGUAGUUCUCAAAUGUUUUCAAUGAAGUCUACUGACAAGGAUAAUUCGAUAGCUGUCCCAAGUGGUGGUGGUCAGUAUCCUUCUGUAGUAAAUCAAGAAAAGAAGACUUUCGCAAACAAUGCCACCGGUAAACCAGUUUUAGCUCCUAUUUCCAUCAAGAAGCCUGAAUCAAAAUGGACCUUAGCAUCUGAUAACAGCUCGGGAUUCACCUUUCCUGUUACAGCUAGCUCUUCGGUAUUCUCUGAACCACCAACCCCAUCCAUCACGCCAUUAUUAUUCUCUACCGGUAAUCAGCACCAAUCAGAAGAAAACUCUACUCAAUUGUCCUACAGUUUUGGCAUUAAAAAGUCGAAUCCAGCCGUAGUAUUUUCCUUCCCUUCCACAAGCAAUACAGUUCAUGAUAAUGCCGGAGUCACAGAGUAUAACUUUGGUUCAACUGAUAAGGCUAGGCUGCAGUUUUCAUUUGGAAAAACUGCUGUCAACUGUUGA